AUGAGUAGUAGUAUGAUAAAAAAGAGCAUAUUUUGCGAUAUGAUGGACGAGUUAUGUGAUUACCUGAUUGAUCCUGAUGAAGAUAAAGAGACCCCCCGGGUAGGGCCUAGACGGAGCAGGAAUUUGAGCCAAAACAACUCGCCCUCGCCUGAGAAGGACAAAACAGGCAAAGACAAGGGACCUAAAAGAGGCUUGUGGGGAACGAGAAAGAAGGUUACAAACACGAACCCUUCUGAGGGAGGCCCUGGGCAGAAGUCUUCAAAGAAUACUGAGGGGACAAGUAAUCGUAUCGAACACGGGGAGAAGAAGUUAUUAUCUGAGGCAAAUGAGGAGCAGGAGCAAUGGCAUCCUCCCGAGCUAGGAGGUUUCUGGUACAAAUAUACGUGUUUUGAGGCGCCGAUGACCGAUGACCAAAUAAAUAGGGAGUUACAAUCGCUACCCAAAGUGCCUGAAAAGUGGCAGUUAUCCUUGAUUUUUUGGAGGUCCUACCUGAAUCAGACGGAACUAUAUAUUGGAACGAGCAAGUAUUUAAUAAGCAAGUUAUUUGAUCCAAAGGGGGAACAAAAUAAUAGGAGUCGCAGGAUAAAUUCUGAUAACUGGGGAAGAUGUGUUCAGCUGGUGGAAAAGAACUUUAUGGAGCAGAGCAAGCAUGUCGCUAAUAUAUUCUGUAGCUUAAUGGAAAGAACAAAUCUGGAUAGUGAUGAAUUAAAGAAAGGAUUAGAGCAGCUUAAAGCCUCCUGGGAAGCAGUCACUAUGAAGGCGAACAAGGAGUGUAUAUCUGUGAGAGCAGGCUCCUCUGGGGAGGGACAACAAGUGGACGAGGAUAACGGCGGAUAA